UAUGUAACUGGAUGACUUGCCUUUGAACCCAGAUCUGCAGGGAACUUUUUUGAGUUCUUUUCCUCAACGUUUCCAAGGACCAAAGGAUAACAGAUGGAAUCACUAAGGAGAAGAGACAACUUUCAAGUUCAACAAUGAGCCUCCCUGGACCAGGCAAUCAAAUGGACGUUUUCCUCAUGAUCCAGCGCAAGAAGACCACCAUCUUCACAGAUGCCAAGGAAAACAGCACCGUGUUUGAGCUGAAGCGCGUCAUUGAGGGCAUCCGUAAGCAGCCGCCCAGAGAACAGAAACUGUUUAAGAAUGGCCAGCUUCAUGAGGACAGUAUGACACUAUUAGAGUGUGGCUUCACCAGUGAAAAUACCCCAGCAGAAGCCCCAGCUCUACUGAGACUGGCCUUUCUGGCAGACGAAAUAUCAGCCCAUAUCAGCUGAUCAGGAAGCCACACCAAUAAAUAAGCAAAGUAGCGUGAGGACCAGCAUGCUGCCCUCAUGCUUCAGCAAUACAAGAUUUGUGGGAGGGGGUGUUACCUGGAGGUGGCUCAGUGGGUGGAUGCUCUGGUUCAUUCUCUCAUGUGUUAACUGGUAAAUAAAAAUUGCACUCUGGGAGCAGGCACAGUCAAAACAAAAACAAAAACAGUGCCGACAAAAGGUUAAAAAAAAAUGGCUUCCAGGGGGCAGUCAGGCAGUAGCACAGUGGGUUAG